ACAACAGUAAAUGGUUCGCACUUCGCAGACCACCUUGUGCUGCAAAGAAGAUUCACAACAAACAUUCGUGAUUUAAGACCUCAGCUGAUUAAACCUUACUAGAGAUUAUAAGGGCUGAUCAGUCGUUCAGCUGACAUGCUCCCGUUAUCUUUACUGAAGACGGCACAGAACCACCCGAUGCUGGUGGAGUUAAAGAAUGGUGAGACGUACAAUGGCCAUCUGGUCAGCUGUGACAACUGGAUGAACAUCAACUUGAGAGAAGUUAUUUGCACUUCAAGGGAUGGAGAUAAAUUUUGGAGGAUGCCGGAAUGCUACAUCAGAGGAAGCACCAUCAAAUACUUGCGAAUCCCUGAUGAGAUCAUAGAUAUGGUGAAAGAGGAAGUACAAUCAAAGGGACGUGGCCGGGGAGGUAUGCAGCAGAACAAGCCACAGGGAAAAGGGAGAGGAGGUGGACCUGGAAGAGGUGGUGGAACCGGCCGAGGUAUUUUUGGUGGCCGUGGUAGAGGCAUGCCGGGAACUGGUCGUGGACAGCAACAAGACAAAAAGCCUGGUAAACCACAAGUUUGAUCAUCAACCGGAAAAAGAAGUGAGUUUAUUUUGAAAUGGACAUCCUGGAUCUCUGAAGACUUUAAUUUGGGCAAGCUGAUGUAAAGAUGCUUUUCCAUUUUCUUCAAAUUGUUUUUAUUUUCUGUUCACUCACAUUUUGGUGCAUGUUUUCACAUUUGCGCUUAAGUUUGUUUGUUUUUUGAUUUUUUAAAAACAACCAUGGUGUAACUUGACUUGUGCACUUGUGAAUAAACAAUUUUUGUUAAAUAUUGCAAUUGCUGUUAAUAUGUGUGUCAGCACUCCAUUACAUCUAAACAAAUGGAAACAAGUUGCAUGCAUUAAACACAGUUAAAUCUUAGGUAACUGCUAAAAAACUCUUGGCAAGCCAUUUUCAUGUUGGCUUUCCAAAAAUAGUCUUUAAUAUUUCUUUGCCUUAGUUUUGGAGAUCUCUAGAUUGGUAAAGACACUACAUUAUUUUUGGGAAGUCAACAUGAAAUUGUCUUGCCAAGAGUUGUCUCUUUGUCAUUAAACUGAGAUAGCAGAA